GGGACGAACCCAACAAAGUUCAAAUGAUUUCAAUUUUAUUCGAUGAAUUACAUCAUGCAGUGUAAUUUUUAGUGUCAUCCUGUUUCAAGUUUCUAUACAAGAUAUCAUGCAUCAACUUUGAAGGACUUUCCAAUGGAAUCARCUCUGAAACAUGGUGAAUUCUUCUGAGUCAAUCCCAAUAUGGCUGCCGCGUCUAGCGAGACGUAUGUCUGUGAAGUACUAGAUCCGUUUGAAAUAUUAAUUGCGCAAAUUAUACAGGAACUUACAUCUGUAGACGUUAAAAUUGUAAAAACUGUAAUAUACGACAGAAUUCAUUCAAGGGAAUUAGAAAAGAUUGAUGUUAAUACGGCGUGUUCUGGAGCAACGUUGAUAGCACUCCUUCGCAAGUAUCGCCUGCUAUCUAGGAAUAACUUGGGGUUGUUGAAAGAUAUUCUUUAUGUACUAAAGUGUGAAGUUCUCUUGACUAAAGCUCAAGAUUUCGAAAAUUCUGAGAAGGCUGUAUUCGACGCAACGGAGGAGCAAGUGAAAAUGAUUCGCAAAGCUGGAACAUUUGUCGACCUCUACUUGGUCAUAUCCUGCAAGAAAGAAAAUCUUUCAGAUGGUAAAAUUAGAGAGUUAAAGGAUGCAAUUGAGCAAGGUGCUUUGAAAUCUUUAGCAAAUCCUUCUGACCAUUUUUCAACGCCUGACCAGCGCAGUGUUCCUGUUGUUUACCUUUACUCAAUUGAGAAUGAGUCGGACUUGGAUACAACAGUGGUGAUAUUUCAGUUUCCCAAGGACCAGAAGGAGAAAGUCAUCACAGACAAGCUGCAGAAGUGUGCCCUUGAAAAGGAUCAAUGGUUGAUUGACAAUGGAGUUGUCCAGUUGAAAGUGAAUGGCCAGUCGUCAAUCAAUUUAAAGGAAUCAUUGGAAUUUAAGAUGAAGGAUGAACUUGAAGAUAAUGUGUAUUUAGCAAGAAAACCAGAACUUCAAUACCAUACCAAAAAUGUUGUUGACAUCAUUCUGGUCGUGGAAAUGCCUCACUCCGUCAUACCACAUGCUUGCAAGGAAGUGAUGAAUAUGUGUCAGUCUGCUGUGACUGAUCUCUUAAAGACUAGUGACUUUGACGUAAACCUGUCAAUCAUUCAGUAUGGCAACCACACUGACUCAACGUCUAAACAUGUCCAUGUUGUGCAAGGUUUUUGCAAAGAAUUUGAUGUGAAAUCAAAGCUUAAAAGUUUUGGGCAGUGCGGAGCGAUGAAUGGUGGGAAUUCUGGCAUGGCAGAUGCAUUGUCUGAAGUGGUUAAACUUGCAAAAAGUAGUUCUGCGCGCCCGGAAGCAUCUAAACUCUGUAUUUUAAUAACCUUUCCUACAAAAACCAAGGAGUUGGUCCAUUAUAAAAGUCACAGCGGUAAUGAUGUCUUUGAAGUGACCAACGAUCUGACAAAAUGUCAAAUUCCACUCUAUAUCAUUGGCGCUGAUGAUAAAGCAACAAAAACCGAUCCAAUCACUUUUGAAACCGAAGAGCUGUUCUUGUCAGGAAUUGCCCAUAUUGGUGGCGGUCGGUAUUUUAGAAUUUCAAAUGAAAGUUUGCUGUCAUAUCAGAACAAGAUUAUUGGUGAUGUCGUAAAGCACGAUAUGUCCAUUGAAAACGAAGAAGAAACUGUUGGUGAGCUCGUGAAGGAUGCCCUAAACCGCCAUUUUGGGGACACGAACGAGAAUCAGCUCGCCGAAGAUGUCCUCGGAAAUCCUAGGUUCAAUUCGUCCAUGUUCGUACAACUACUGCAAAAUGGUCGAUCUUUAGAGCCGAUAGACCAAGUCGCCAAACGAAUCGCUUUGUCCGAUGAUCUUGAUGAUGCAAUCGAAACAUUGGAGGGCAUCAAAAAGAAGAAAAGAGAGCAAGCUGUUGGAAAUACAAGAGGUUCCGCAGUGGCCCGAAUGCUGCUGAAGUUCCCUGCGAUAGAAGAUGAACCUUGUGGCUCCAAGAGUAUACAUGACGUGAAAACGUCCACGCGAGGUCUCAACCUUAGCUCUCACGAAAAGCUAGAUGUUGGAAAACUUGCCAAAGAUGUGCAGGAUAAAGUAGUAUUGGUAAAAAGCAAUCGCACUGCUGAUUUAGAGAUGGCUACGCGAAUGGUAAGGCGCCAUUUGUAUAGGAUGGCUUACUACAAGAAAAAACCUUGAACACUUUCGACUAUUCAUGGAUUGCACCGGCAUUGCAUUUAUGGCUCAAUGAAAAUUUGGUAGCGACUUUAGAAUAUCCUGUUUCUAACUCAAUAGAAAUUUUUAUUUAGGCUCUAUCUUUCCAAUUAAAUAGAAUUUUAAUGACAUUCAUAAAGACGGGGUAUUCAAGUUGAAACUUAACUUUAAUUCGAACUAUUUUGAUGUUGGUAAUGACGUUCCGUCGAAGUACGAUGCUGCAGCAUUGCCGGACCGAAAUGCAGUAUGGUAUUGGAAAAAGUACAAAUAAGGUCAUGGCAUGUUGCUGGUUUUUGUUCGUUUUUUUUCUGCUCUUUCGGGUUGUUUUUCGAAAAUAAAGUAUUUAGCUAUUUCCCAGACAGGCCUCUCAACUUGACGUACAAUAAAGUGCGUCAUUCAAUGCUCUUCUAAAGGCCGUCGACACAACCAUCACAUGCGAUCUGCGUAAGUCAUCCUUACAACAUGGCUACAACUGCCGUGGUGCUAUUACAGUGAAAAGACAUGAAGUGCGCUCCCUCAAAACGCCAUUCAAUUCAUUCUUCGAUUCUUGGUCGAUUCAACAUUACAUUAUUGAAAUCAAAUUUGAAUUCAAACUUCGAAAUUUGAUUGGAUUAUUGAUCGGAUUUUCAUAAAGCCUU